AUGGCGCUCGCAGACUACGUCGUCACCGACGAGCUCACGGUCCUUCUGGGUCUCAUCGCCGCCUCCGUCUUUCUCCUGCGCAACCUGUACAAACCCCAGUCGCUCGUGCACCCCAUCCUCCUCGGUCGGCAGAGCGACGUCUCGCGCGUGCGCAACCCGGGCGAGAGCGCCGUCUACCGCAACUAUGGCACCGGAAUGUUGGGCCGCCUUCCCCACCGACCCGCGAACAACGUUCAGCUCAUCACGGACCUCGUCAAGACCGACUUCGACUCUCCCAGGACGCUCUGGUCGACCAAGGUCACCAACGCGCAGCUGAAAGCCCGCGUAGCGGCGCUGGGCACUGGCCUCAUCCGUCUCGCGAACCUCGUCCCGGGGGAAUCCAACGUUCUUCUCCUCCUGAACGACAGCCUCGAAUUCAUCCUGGCUGAUCUCGCUCUCGCGUCGCACGCCAUCCCCUCCUUUACUCUCUCCUCUCUUGCUCUGCUCUCGCCCGUGCUUGACUUGCACUCCCCGAGCGCGAUCAUCACGCACGCUGCCUUCCUUCCGCAGCUCCUGGAGCUGUUGUGCGACGCCCGUGCGCAGGGCGAGGCGCACACCGUCAUUGCGCUCGGCACGCUUCCCGCCACGCUCGACCUGCAACGUGCUCCAAACGUCACCGUCCUGAGCUGGUCCGACGUCGAAAGCGCCGGCGUCAAGGCCUCUGACAAGGUUGCUCCGUCCACCGUUGGCCCGGAAGACGUCUUCACUGUCUCUUUCUACUCCACUCCUUCCGGUGCAGUCCGCUCGGCCCACUUUACCCACCAAAACAUCACCGCCGGCGUCGCCGCCACGCGCGCGCUCCUCCCGCCUAACGCGCUCCUCUCCGCGCUCGACACCGUCCUCUCAGCCCACGCGCUAUCCUCCGGUAUCGGCCGCGCGCUCGCCUACACCGCGAUCUACGAAGGCACCUCCUUCGCCACGCUCGCCUCCACCGCCCUCAUCUCCCCCUCCUCCACCAAGCUCGACGUCGCCGACCUCCUCUCCGCGACGUCCCUCCCCCUCCCCUCUCCCACCGUCCUCUUCGUCACCCCCGCCCACGCCCGCGCGCUCUCCACCGCCAUCCUCUCCGCCGCCGCCGCCUCCUCCCCGCUCGCCGCCCCGCUCGCCACGCGCCACAAGCUCGCCGCGCUCGCCGAGGGCUUCGUCACGCGCGACUCGCUCUGGGACCGGCUCGUCUUCGACGGCGCGCGCGUCGGCGUGAUGGGCGCCGGCGCCGGGACCGUGCGCGCCGUGAUCGCGCUGAACCGCGGGCUGGCCGCGACGGACCUCACGCCCGCCCGGCUCGCGCUCAGCGUCCCGUUCGUGCACGCGCACGCGCACCCGCUCGUCGCCGCGCCCGUGUUCGCGUCGCACGCGCUCGACCUCCAGGCGUUCGACGAGCCGUCGUCGGGCGGGAGCGGGAGCGCGCACGUCGGCCCGCCGAGCGCGAACGUCGAGGCCAAGCUCGUGCGCGUCGACGAGGCCGAGCUCGCGUCGGGCGCGGACCCCGUCGGCGACGUGCUCGUGCGCGGGCCCGCGGUCGGGCGCGGCGUCGGCGUCGGCGAGGAGGGCGAGGUCGCCGGCGCGGUGGGCACCGAGACGGGCGGCGAGGAGGGGUGGGUCGAAACCGGGGAGAGGGGCCGGGUGUUGACGAACGGGACGUUCAAGGUGUGGACCGCUUAG